CUGAGGCUCAACAUCUUGGGCCCUACCCGGAAGUAGCGUUGGGGAAGGCGGUUUCCUAGACUACGACACCGGAAAGCUGGGGGAGGCGCUCCGGGCUGCUGAGGGCGGAGGGUGGUGGCAGCGCUGGCGCUAGGGACCGGCCCGGUGGCUUCGGGAAACAGUUCGGCGACGGCGGCCCCUCGCGUUACUCCGCAUCCCGCCCUCGGCACGGCUCACAGCCCCUUCGCCGCCCGCGUCCAGCAAUGUGUCCCACCGGCCGGGCGUAGCAGCUGCGCGUGCGCGGAACCGCGGGGCCAUGAGCGAAGCCGGCGGCGGCCGGGGCUGUGGGUCCCCGGUCCCCCAGCGAGCGCCAUGGAGCCUGGUGGCGGCGACGGCCGCGCUCUGCCUGGUGUCGGCCACGUCCGUGUGGACGGCGGGGGCCGCGCCCAUGAGUAGGGAGGAGAAACAGAAGCUUGGGAAUCAAGUACUGGAAAUGUUUGAUCAUGCUUAUGGUAACUAUAUGGAACAUGCUUACCCAGCUGAUGAACUCAUGCCUUUAACCUGCAGAGGUCGUGUCAGAGGCCAGGAGCCAAGUCGGGGUGAUGUCGAUGACGCCUUAGGAAAAUUUUCCCUGACACUGAUUGAUUCUUUGGACACUCUUGUGGUAUUAAAUAAAACUAAAGAAUUUGAAGAUGCAGUGAGAAAAGUUUUGAGAGAUGUUAAUUUAGAUAAUGAUGUAGUUGUAUCAGUCUUUGAAACAAACAUCAGAGUUCUUGGGGGUCUUUUGGGUGGACACUCAUUGGCAAUCAUGCUGAAAGAAAAAGGCGAGUACAUGCAGUGGUACAAUGAUGAACUUCUCCAAAUGGCAAAGCAGUUGGGUUACAAACUUUUACCAGCUUUCAAUACUACUAGUGGCCUUCCUUAUCCAAGAAUUAAUUUAAAGUUUGGUAUCAGAAAACCAGAAGCUCGGACGGGAACUGAGACAGAUACCUGUACAGCUUGUGCAGGUACCUUGAUCCUUGAGUUCGCUGCUUUAAGUCGAUUCACAGGAGCAACAAUAUUUGAGGAAUAUGCAAGAAAAGCUCUUGAUUUUCUCUGGGAAAAAAGACAGCGAAGUAGUAAUUUAGUGGGCGUGACUAUAAAUAUUCAUACCGGAGAUUGGGUACGAAAAGAUAGUGGAGUUGGAGCAGGGAUUGAUUCAUAUUAUGAAUAUCUGCUGAAAGCCUAUGUCUUGCUUGGAGAUGACAGUUUUCUGGAAAGAUUUAAUACACACUAUGAUGCCAUAAUGAGGUACAUUAGCCAGCCCCCUCUUCUCCUUGAUGUGCACAUCCACAAGCCAAUGCUGAAUGCUAGGACUUGGAUGGAUGCUUUGCUUGCCUUUUUUCCAGGUUUGCAGGUCUUAAAGGGGGAUAUUAGACCUGCUAUUGAAACUCAUGAAAUGUUGUAUCAGGUGAUUAAAAAACACAAUUUUCUACCAGAGGCAUUUACCACAGAUUUCAGGGUACACUGGGCUCAACAUCCUUUAAGGCCAGAAUUUGCAGAAAGUACCUACUUCUUGUAUAAAGCUACAGGAGAUCCUUACUACCUUGAAGUAGGGAAAACACUUAUUGAAAAUUUAAAUAAAUAUGCUAGAGUGCCUUGCGGAUUUGCUGCCAUGAAGGAUGUGCGUACUGGAAGUCAUGAGGACAGAAUGGAUUCUUUCUUCUUGGCUGAAAUGUUUAAAUAUCUUUACCUGUUAUUUGCGGAUAAAGAAGAUAUUAUUUUUGACAUAGAAGAUUACAUCUUUACGACAGAAGCUCAUCUGUUACCUCUUUGGCUUUCUACUACAAAUCAGAGCAUCUCUAAGAAGAACAUAACUUCAGAGUAUACAGAACUGGAUGACAGUAAUUUUGAUUGGACUUGUCCAAAUACUCAGAUUCUCUUCCCUAAUGACCCGCUGUAUGCUCAGAGCAUUCGUGAACCCUUGAAAAAUGUUGUGGAUAAGAGCUGUCCUAGAGGCAUCAUCAGAGUCAGAGAGGAGAGUUUCAGGAGUGGAGCGAAACCCCCUCUGAGAGCCAGAGAUUUCAUGGCGACUAACCCUGAGCAUUUAGAAAUCUUGAAGAAGAUGGGGGUGAGUUUGAUUCACCUCAAAGAUGGGAGAGUCCAGUUGGUUCAACAUGCAAUCCAAGCUGCUAGUUCAAUUGACGCUGAAGAUGGGUUGAGGUUCAUGCAGGAGAUGAUUGAACUGUCAAGUCAACAACAAAAAGAACAGCAGCUACCUCCACGAGCUGUACAGAUUGUUUCCCACCCAUUUUUUGGCAGGGUAGUGUUGACUGCUGGACCAGCUCAGUUUGGGCUAGAUCUGUCUAAACAUAAAGAGACAAGAGGAUUUGUUGCAAGCAGUAAACCAUACAAUGGUUGUUCAGAGCUCACUAACCCUGAGGCAGUGAUGGGAAAAAUCGCUUUGAUACAAAGAGGACAGUGCAUGUUUGCAGAGAAGGCACGCAAUAUCCAGAACGCUGGAGCAAUUGGUGGCAUUGUUAUUGAUGACAACGAGGGGAGCAGCAGUGACACUGCCCCUCUGUUCCAGAUGGCAGGUGACGGGAAGGACACUGAUGACAUCAAGAUCCCCAUGCUGUUCUUAUUCAGUAAAGAAGGAAGUAUCAUACUGGAUGCCAUCCGGGAAUAUGAGGAGGUAGAAGUGCUCCUUUCUGACAAAGCAAAAGAUCGAGAUCCUGAAAUGGAAAAUGAAGAACAGCCAUCUGAAAAUGAUUCUCAGAAUCAGAGUGCUGAACAGAUGACAUCAAUUUCUCAGGAGGUUGAUUUGGUUGAUCAAGAGUCUCCUGAGGAAAGUUCUCUAAAGUCUCACCCAGAAUCAUUAUCUCCAGCAGAUACAGACAAUGCUGCAAGUGUUUCUCCUUCCGAACAGAAUUCUAAUCCCACAGAAAACCAUGAGACCACAAGUCUUGAUGGUGAAUGUACAGAUUUAGAUAACCAACUUCAAGAACAAUCAGAAACUGAGGAAGAUUCCAAUCCUAAUGUUAGCUGGGGUGAAAAGGUCCAGCCUAUAGACUCCAUAUUAGCAGACUGGAAUGAAGAUAUAGAAGCAUUUGAAAUGAUGGAGAAGGAUGAACUAUGACUCACUAAAGAAUCUAGUGGUAGGUAUUUAAAAAGAAAAGGUAAACUGUGGUUAAUAGACACCCUAAUACUAAGCAGGCUCUCUAAUGGGAGGCUUUAAGUAUGGUGAUGAGCAACCACGUUCUGACUGGGAUGAUUAGUUAUCAUAGGAAUCUGGAGCAUGCUGUGUUAGAAUUGACCUUGCUUAAAACUGACCCAUCAAAAAUGGAAACUCACAGUUCCGCCCUCAAAUGAUGGCAUUGCACACCCUGCAGCACCUCAGGCCAGGAAAAGAUUACUGGAUGUUCCUAGGAACCAGAUUUCUGCAGUCUCUGGAUAGACGAGAAACAAAUUCAGUUAAUAGUGGGGUGAGGAAUAGAAACUUAUAUAGCUUUCUAAUUAAAGGAAGCUUGACUUUCUUGGUUUUGGGGUUAGAGGCUCUACUGGGAAAACACAUGUGAGUAUUGUGGGCAUUCGGGUUAUGCUGCCUUCACAGAAACACUCAAAGUGACCUAAGUGGGUAUGAAGCAAAUGCAUUCAUGGUGAAAACAGUCUUUUCUCAUCACUUUCACUUGCUUCAUUGUGUAACAAAUGAUCAAAUGACUUGAUUUUUUUCCUUCUUAACAACGUCCUUUUCAUUUAAACCAAAGGUGAAGCCAAUGUACUUUCUCAGUGAGUUCUCAGCAUAAAGACUAAUCAUUGGGACCAGGUAAAAAGGUCAUAUAAUAUAUUGCGGAAAUUGGUUACUUAAUACUUUUGAAAAAUGGAGCAGGGGAGAAACUAUAAUUUUGCAAUAUGAACUUGCCAUUGGGCCUUCCAUAAGGAAAGCUGUGACUACUCUCCAGUGGAACUUAAGGCUAUAUUCUUGUAGGGUAAAUUCUUGUAGGGUAAAAUUUUCCAGUUCAUUUCUCUUAGAGGUGAUUACCUCCAGCCAUCAGCCUUAUUCCAUCCCAUGUUUAGUAUGCAAUUUGAGCCACAAGGCCCAUAUCGCCAAUAGCUGAAUACAUUUUGUCCCAUUUUUCUAUCUUAGGGAGCCAUGAUAAAACUGUGGUAGUGAUCUAAAAAUCCUGGGGUAACUACUAUUUUUUCUCCUAUGGUUUCUGAAGUUGCAUCUAAGGAGUCUGUCACAUUUUCUGUUCAAUCAUGGUUAUUUUUAAGUUUGCUUUUUUUUUUUAACAAAUAUUCCUUCUGAUAUGGGCUUGAAAAUUAAUCUAUGGUAACCUGUGUAAAAAAACUUACACAGUAGCAACUAAUGUAUAGCCAUAUAGCUUAAUGAGAAAUUUUUUUCUUUUUUUUUGUGGCAGUCUGGUGCUGGCCACAUGUAAGUUUUAAAAACUUUAUUGUUGAUAUCUGUAGACAGCCCUGUAGUUGAAAUCAUGACUUUACUCAUUUUAUUUAUUUUUUUAAACUUACCUGAAUGAGUUCUAAAGAAAUAUUUGUGAGACUUAAUUUCCUUUCUCUUUACCAUGACAUUACAUAAUAACCUUUUCUUAAAACACAGUUGAGGUACUGAUGAACUUAAACUGUAUAGGGAGCUGUUAAAAGAACAGCCAUGCUGUAUUGUAGUUAUGUAUAUUCAUGUACAGUAUGUCUUAGAUCCCAGGUAAACACAUUCUUUUAUAAGGGGAGAAAUAGCUGCUUUCAAAAAUUCCAGCUAAACUUAAUUGGGUCAGUGAGUGAUAAAUUGAAUAGAGAAUUCACUUGGGGGGGAAAAGGAGUAGUAUACAAGACCUUUAGUGGCCCCUAAUUAAACCUUAUACCAAAAUGGAUAUUUUUAGUCUCUCUGCAUGUGAAAUUUGGUGUAAGAAGAUAGAACUAUAAUACGUACAGUAUACAGAAGGAUAGACAAAGAGCUUUGUUCAUCUUAAUUGCAAAGCUGCCAAAAUAGCUGAAGCUUAAUGACUUGCCUUGCCUUGAUUUAUAGGACUGGGGCAUGGAGAAAAGGGGCAGAUGUUCCUCUAAAACUUUGAUUACAGAAGCCUUGUAUACAUUGAUUUGAUUUCUUAUUUGUAGCUCAGAGCCAUUGUUGUGUAGAUCUAACUUUUCUAAGUUAUCAAAACGACGUCAUUUUUUUUCCCAGCAAAGAUCUUGUGGCAUGCAAGGAAAAGCCAGCUUACUGUCACUCUCCCUUGCUUGGCCGUUAGGGGGAGGUGUUGCCAUUCAUUGAGGUCUAGAAACAAAUUAGUUCACUUGUUUAGAGAAGUGAAUCCUUAAAAAGAGAAAAGAAAGAAAGUAAAAAAUUUGACAAAUUAUACUUAAACCCCAGAAAGAAUGAUUGAUUUUUCCCCAGUUAAGAAAAGAAGGUAUAAUGUUCAGCUUCAGAACUCCAACAUUGUAAUUGACUCUACAUGCUUAUUCAACAUACUGCCACGAAGUUGUUUUUGAGUUCAUUAAAAAAUUCCAACAGCAUUAGGGAUUUUUUUUUUUUAUGUUUUGUUUUUUAAAUACCUUGUAUAGACAUUUUAUUUACUUCCUAAAGAUUCAGGGAAUUCUAUGAGACCCUGAAUUUUAGAAACAUCUGGUCUACCUCAGUUAAAUGUCGACUACAUAGAAAUAGAGCUGAAGUGAUCACCACAGCCAUAAAAUUGUUUGACUAAGAAGGAUUUAUACAAUGUUUACAAACCUGGAAUCAAGUAAGGAUUUUAUCUGAAAGUUAAAAGUUAGAUAUUAGAGCAAGUAUUUAAUUCAGGUAUUUUCAAGUUUUAAAACUUAACUUUACCUACUAAAAAUAGCUAUAGUUUUUUCUGUUUAGGAACAUUCAUUGAAAUGAUAUACCCUAAUUUGCAAUACUUUUCCCAUAAAAUUUUAGGUGUGAAAGAAUUGUAAUUUACUAGAUACAUUUGGGAUGGGAUAUUUUGUUGGGUAGGUUUUCUUUUUUCUUUUUAACUUUUAAUAGGCUUCCAACAAGAAUACAAUUAUUGUUUCAGAACAAAUUAUAUUUUGACAUUAUACUUUUCCCUUUUUCUUCACAGUAUUAGAGAGUAAAAUCAAAAAUUGUGCACUCUCUGACUUUAACUAAAUUCUCUAAUUACUCUCUUCAGAAUUUUGUAAUUUAAAUUACCAUCACACAGCCCUUUUUAUAGUAAAACCAGCAUUUCUUCUCUCACCAAACUCCAUGCCAAAUUCCUCAUCAAGAAAGCUCAGCGUAAGUAAUUCAAAUAGUGCUUAUAAUUUUAGAGGGGGUGGGAUUUAGUAAAUAUUCCAACCGGUCGUUUUAUGUGCAAGGCUUCAGUCAGAACAUAGAAAAAAAAACAUUCUGUGAAUGAAAUAUUGUAUGUUCAGAUUUUAUAAAAGACAUUUUUAAAAGCCCAAUUUACAGCCGUAUAUUUUCUUAUGAUGUAAUUUAUGAAAAAGAUGUCUGUACUAACAGGUGCUGUAACACUACUGUUGUUGGAUUUUAUUGUUUGGUGAUAAAUGUAUACAAUAUUUCUAAGGGAAACUAUGUACUGUGAUGUAAAAGUCUGGGCAAAAUGUAUAUAAUCCUUGUAUAUAAUUGUGUAUUUGAUUAUAACUGAUUGUAAAGAUUUAAUAAAAUAUGUAAAUAUUCUA